AUCUCAAUUGGAAGUAUGGUAUAUCAUUUUUAUUCGUAUUCGGUGUGGCGGAGGUUCACUUUGCUUGCCGUGAUUUUCUUCAUGGUAGCAGCUGCUGAGAGUUCAAAUAAUAAAACAAAUGACCCAACCAGAAACCAGAAUUCUUUGAUAAAAAAUAUGGAAUAUGGAUUGUACAUGCUGCAAAAUAUGAACACGAGCGUCGAUCCUUGUGACAAUUUUUACGAAUUUGUUUGUGGUAAUUUUGACGAUCCGAAUUCUUCUGCUAAAAGUAAUAGAUAUUAUGAUAAAGCAGAUGAUGACAUGUCUUCGAGGAUGAAACAUUUGAUAACUGAUUCCCAUCGGUCAUUUGAAUUUGAACCUUUUAAAUUUAUAAGUGAUUUUUAUUACUCUUGCGAAAAUAUUAACAAUUACCACCGAUACAUUGAUGAAGAUGACACAGAUUUAUUAAAUGAAAUAAUAUCAAAAUUGGGCGGAUGGCCAGUUAUUGAAGGAAAUGAGUGGAAUGAAACUGAUUUUAAUUGGGAAGAUUAUGUUGAAAGAGCGAUAAGUAUUGGCCCCAUCGUUGAUGAUUUUUAUCACUUAAACAUAGAUUUGAAAGAAAGAGUUGUAAAAUUCACAUUAGAUCUACCCGUGAUGAGAGAUUCAGAAAGUGAUAUAUCAAACAACAAAUUAUCAAAUGCUUACUUUAAAUUCAUGUCUGAUGUCGCAAUAUUCCUGGGGGCUAAUAAAAACCAAACCAAAGAGCUUGAAUUAUCAUUAGAAUUCGAGCGAGAUAUUCAUAAACUCCAUUACAGCAAAGUUCAUGGUGAAGAUAAUAAUGAGCCGCUGGAGAUGUCAGUGAAAGAAAUGAUAGAGGAAUGGCCUAGUAUAGACUGGAUAAAAUCUUUAAGUUCUGACACAAAACCGUACUAUAAUUUUACAAAUGAAACGAAUGUUCAUAUAGAGUUUCCAAAUUUCAUUACUAACUUUGAGAAAUUGUUAAAAAAAACGCCUAAAAGAGUUCAAGCCAAUUACUUGAUUUGGAAUUUCAUCCAGUUUGCAAUUCCAUACAUAAAUUCAAAAACGCUUUGGGACCAUAGUCAAACUUAUAAAAAAAUUAGAUAUUCUAACCCAACUAAUAUUCCUCAAUUCGAUUGCGAGAAACUUGUUGAAGCUGAUUUGAAUCCUCUUUUGCAAGCUUAUUAUAUUCGAGAGUAUCCAGUUGAUGAGCAUACUAAAAGUGAGGUUGAAGCAAUUUAUUCAAAUGUAAAGAAAAAAUUGAUUGAAAUUAUAAAUUCUUCAAAAUGGCUUGAUAACAACACUAAAAUUCAAACUAUCGAUAAAGUAGCCUCUAUUAAAACGGUUAUUGGUUAUCCAGAUGAAUUACUGGACGAUGAUGAAUUGAAAAAUUACUUUAAAGGUCUUGAGAUUACUCGAGAUAAUUUUUAUAAAAAUUAUCUCAAUGCGAAAUUUUUUGAAAAAAAAAAAAUAGACUUUUGGCAAUUCAACAAAGUAAGUUCUGUUAAAACUGGUCUUGAUUUAUUUACAUUUAUGUACGAUUCAAUCAACAAUGCCAUAUAUGAUGAAUUCGAUAAUUUCUUAAGUGUGUCAGUUGAAUUACUCAGGAAUUACUUUUUUGAUGUUGGACAUUUCAAUUACUUGAAUUAUGGAGUAAUCGGUGAAAUUAUCGGUCAUGAAUUAAGUCGUGCCGUAGAUAGCGGAAAUAGAUUCUGGAAAAAUACUGGACUAAAAAAUGAAUGGAGUGAUUUACCUAAUGAUGAAUAUCAAAUGCAGGAGACUUGUAUGAUCAAUCAAUAUAAAAUAAACUAUCUAACAGAAAAUGAAAUUGAGCAUAAAGAUUCAAAAUACUUAAGUGAAAAUAUCGCGGAUAAUAUUGGAACAAAAGUUGCUUACUUGGCCUACCAAGAUUGGAUCACUAAAAAUGGUCAUGAGCCAAAUUUACCCGGACUAUCGUACACACCCAAUCAAUUGUACUGGAUAUCAUUCGCUAAUCAAUGGUGUAAAUCAAAAUCAUUAUUAUUGAAAUGGAAAGACAACGCCAUUCAUGCUCCUAACGAUAAACAAGUGAUUGGAUCUCUUUCAAACAGCAUUGAGUUUUCGAAAGAUUUAAAUUGUCCUGUUGGAUCUAACAUAAAUCCUUUAAAUAAGUGUAUUUUCUUCUGAAAACAUUUAUUGCGG